CGUUCACCGCCACAUUUGUAACACUAUAUAUACACAUGUCUCUUUAUUCUUCUGUUUAAAUCAAACCAAACCAAAACAUAUCAAAUUCUAAGAUUCAUUCAUCUGUUUCUAUUCAUAUUCAUACCCAUGUCUGCUUUCAUUACCCCUAGAUUCGUUCUUAACAAGUUUUUGGCUAAAUCUCAACGUGAAGGUCAAGGUGCUAUUGUUAGAAGAGGCAUUGGAAGAAGUGAGUUGAAGAACUUGGAUCCUUUUCUAUUGCUUGAUCAUUUCUCAGUGUCUCCUCCUGGAGGAUUUCCUGAUCAUCCACACAGAGGUUUUGAGACAGUCACUUACGUGCUAGAGGGAGGGAUUACUCAUCAAGAUAAUGCUGGUCACAAGGGUACAAUAAGAAGUGGUGAUAUUCAGUGGAUGACUGCAGGCAGAGGAAUUAUUCACUCUGAAAUGCCUGCUGAACAAAACAACAAUGGAUUGCAACUCUGGAUCAAUUUAUCAGCCAAUGAAAAAAUGAUUGAUCCAAACUAUCAAGAAAUUCUAAGUGAGGACAUACCCUCCGGAGAAAAAGAUGGUGUUGAAGUGCGAGUAAUAGCCGGAGAAUCAAUGGGAAUAAACUCUCCCGUCUACACAAGAACACCGACCAUGUACCUAGAUUUCACCAUGAAUCCCGGAACUCAUCUGAAUCAAACCAUUCCGGAAUCAUGGAAUUCUUUCGCGUACAUAAUCGAAGGAGAAGGUGUUUUUGGUUCACCAAAUUCAUCACCAAUUAUGGCUCAUCAUGUCAUUGUUUUCACACAAGGUGAUGGAGUUAGUGUUUGGAACAAGAACUCUUCAAAGCCUUUAAGGUUUUUGCUCAUUGGUGGACAACCUUUGAAUGAACCUGUGGCUCAAUAUGGUCCUUUUGUCAUGAAUACACAAUCUGAGAUUGAGAAGACUAUUGAAGAUUAUCAACAUGGUAGAAAUGGCUUUGAGAUUAAACUAAAUUAGUCAUCUCAAUUGUUAGUUUUACUUAGCUCGAUUCAGCUAAGCAUUAUUUCAUUUUAGGGUUUAAUUUAUAUACACUGUCAGCGGAAAAAAAAUUAAGAUUGUCAAUCAGUCACAAUGGUCUGAUUGAUUGAAAAUUAUUUACGCUGACGGAGUAUCAAAAUUAAAUUCUUUGUUAUAUUUAUAUGAAAUAAAAAUAAAAAGAAUAAGAAGGUUGUUUUUCUUCUAUCAUUUUCAAUGUGUUAUGUCACAUAAUGAGCAUAGCUAUCAAGGUAGUAGGAGGUGAAAAAGAUAUCUUUGGUUAUUGUAUUUUAUUUUAUGUACUUUAAAAGUUUCUAGAAGAUUUAAAUUGGUGCAUGUGGAAGUGCAACUAUAAUUUGUCUCUAAAGUCAUCAUGGGUCAGCUUA